AGUUUGUUUUAUUAAGUUCAGGUAAGCGCUGUGCCAUGUCUGUAUGCAAGAGCAAUAGGCAUCUGAAAUCUUUUGUGCCAUCAGUAGUCCAGCUACUCAAUCACAGAUGAACUGUCAGUGCUGUAUGUGUGUGUAGGUGUGCAUAGGAAUGUCUUGUCCAUAUCUCUCAUUGCUCUUAUUAAUGUUAAUAUCACUAUUCCACUCUAUCGAAAUUUUGAUUUUUUUUUUUUAGUAAUAUAGAGCACAUCUCCCACUCGAAUCGCCCAAUGGUACAAAUAAAGCUGGUUAUUGUUAUUGUUCACCAAAAGAUUGAUUAAAAUUUGUUUUCCGGGAACUUAUUGUAGAAGUUUUCGAUCAAGUACCCCAGCUGCUAGCUCAGUGAGUGGGCAGGAGUAGGGAUGUAGGGAGACUGCGGCUAAUCAACACAAAGCUGUUGCCAGCGAUCUGUUACCCGGUCUUACCUCCCCACUUCCAUCCCCACAACCCCACCUACAAGGUGUCUCGUGUCCUCGUCAGCCCUCGAUGUUACCUGGUUUCAAAACCGACAAAGUUCAGGCAAAAGAUGGCUUUCAAGGUGCCCAAGAUUCCAGUCUGUGUGGCGAUCGCCUGCUGUGGGGUGGCUUUGAUAUUCCAGCUCGUGGCUGUAGUGGGAACCGGGUGGCAGGUCGGUGAGAUACAAUACCCGAACGGGAUUGUACAUGAAGAGGAUGGACUGUUUCGUGGCUGCAUCAAUGAUGUGUGCAUGGAAGUGCAAUCCACCUGGUUGCCAAACUGGUGGAAGGCAUGCCAGGCGUUCUCCAUCCUGGGCCUGUUGACCAUCGCCGGAGGUCUGCUUGCUGGGAUUCAACAUGCUGUCUCUGAAAACACGGCCAAGGCCUCUCUUGCUGGCAUUGCCACGUGCUUGUCUUCCACUGUGUUCCUGACUAUAGAAGUUGCCGUGUUUGGUGCCAAGUCGUCUGAGAGUUCAGCAUAUCAGUUUGAUUACGGAUUUUACCUGUCCAUUGCCGCAUGUGUUCUUAGUUUCAUUUCUGCUGUCCUCUUUGCAGUAGGAUUACGGCUGUAAUUAUCCAUUACUUUUUGUCUUUUUUGUCUAACUAGAAAGGAAGGAAGAGAAACUUGUAAGCAGGAAUUUAGUUAUACUGUCACAAUGAGCUACUGGCAAUUUCAUAGUUUUCAUUCAGUGGCAUAGGAAGAUGCUCAGUUUUUUGUUUUCUUUUUUUGAAGGGGGAUGCACUCCAUUCAUAGUGAACAUUCAGUAUCUAUUCAGAGGCGGAUUUCGUUUGCAUCCCUUGUUCUUAUGCCACUUCAUAUGUGAUUCCACAUUGACAUUUUCACGUUUAUCUUUUCACAAAUUUUUAUUAGAAUGUGACCAUAUUAUAAUGUCGUAUCUCCAAAAGAUCUCCCUUUAUGAAAUCUGCCAUACAAAACACUGAAAGUUCUAGCAUUGAUUGUAUUUUUAAUAUUUGAACACUUAUUGCUAAUAAACUUAUUAGAAAUUGAAACGAGUCUGGUCAUUGUUAGGAGCCUCAACACCACAUUUGUCUUUCCUGCUACACACCACAGUAGGUAAGCAAACGACCAUGACACUCCUGUCUUUGUAAGGUAAAGAGAGUGAGUCCAGCUUUACCUGAGGGUGGUUCCUAUCCUCUCUUCUUUUCCGCCUUAUCCUCCCUCCCCUAACCCUCUAUGAAAUCAUGUAAGCUGGGUGUACCUGGGGAGGUGAACAGCGUGACACGGGUGGUGAGACUUUCAGAUGGGACCCCAACUAUACACUCGGCUACACUCUUCCUGUCUUUGUGCCUUUCACUAAAUACUCAGUCAUCCAUAACAUUUUACGGAUUCCUGCUUGCGAAAAAAGUUUGCUUCCCGGAACUCUGUGUGACCCAGAAACUUCACUGUGCCUAUAAGCUUUCAGGUAUUGCAUAGAUUCUAUUUUCAACACCUGUCCCUAGAAAACUAAACCGAAAAUGAAACAUUCGGUUUUUCACAGAAACCCCCACGUCCCCUUUGUGCACAUCUGGUACACAUUUUGUUGUCAUGGAAACGACCCACGAUGUCGCCUUCAUUUUGUAUGCUUGACAGCGCAGAUGUUGUGCCUGUCAUCUCAUAAGAUGAAUGAAUUACGAGCAGAUGAUAGCAAGGUCGAAAAGGGAGUCAGCAUUUGGACCUUGUAGUAAUAAUACCACGCACAUUAGUUUCAGCAGGAAUGUAAGCUUGUUGUUGUUUGUUCGUUAUGUUUUUACAAUGUGCCGUGAACUUGAUUAUGACCAUACUACAGCGGUUCUCAACCUUUUACGUGUGACGACCCCCC